AUGUUUAAGAUUAAAUUAAUUUUAUCAGUCUUGGUGUUGGUAUUGGCAAUAGCCAGUGCUAGAAAUCCAAAUAGUACAACAACUUGUUCCAUCUCGAACCAUAAAAGUAAAUGUGAAUAUGGAGUAUGUCCUUCAAUUGUAGCCUGCAUCAAUGAGUAUUCACCAAUGUAUUCCAACAUUGUCAUUACUGUCCCAGAUGGUAAUUUCCCUUGUAAACAAAUCGAUACUUAUUUUCUUAAAUAUGAUUUAAAUAUCGACUUGAGACCAGAAGGUCAGAAAUCGGUUCCCUCUUUUACUUGUCAAGGUAAAACAUCAUUCUUAAAAUUGAAAACAGCUUUCGUCUUUUCAAUGACUAUUUCCAAUGUUGUCAUCCAAGCCACUCUGGUUACCGGAAAUCGUGGAAGUUUAAUUAAUAUCAACUCCUCCACUUAUAUUUACCCGAAUACCAACCAAUUGACGAUGAACAAUGUUGUUUUGAAGAAUGGCCAAUCCAUCCCUGCCAAUGGUGCAAAUGAAGCUGGUUCAAUAACCCUCAAUUCCGUUAGCUUAGUACUUAGCAACUGUUCAAUCACCAAUUCCCAGUCUACUGGAUCCUAUCCUUCUUCGAGUGUUAUGAAUCUCAUAUCCGGUAGCUUAACAAUAAAUAACUCGACCAUUUCUAACUCCAUCAGUUCCAAUAGUAACUAUGGUAUCAAUUUUAGUGGUGACAAUAUCUUUAUUUACAACUCGAUCUUUAAUGGAGGUAAUGGUAUUGGACAUUUCAUUAAUGCAGUUGCAAAAUCUGUGUAUGUUAAAUCAAGUAAAUUCACAAACAACUAUUCAAAAUAUGGAAGUUGUUUUAAUUUAGUUUCUUCAUCAAUAAUGUUUGAUUCAAAUGUUUUUGAUAGAAAUUUUGGUCAAUAUGGAUCUGCUUUGUUUGUAUCUUCAAACUACAACUACCAAGAUUAUUACUUUAUAAAUAACAACCUCACAAACAAUAUUGCCUCUGAUGCUGGAACACUGUUCCUUUCCACUCAAGGUAACCAUUAUCUAACAGGAUCAAUCUUUGAAAACAAUGUUGCCUGGGGUGCAGCUGAUAUCUUUUUCUAUCAACAAAGAAUAACUUUGUUAGGUGGUACAUUUAUCAAUUCAUCAUCAUCGAAUGAAUACUCACCUUCUCAAUAUCCUCAAUUCCCAAUGUAUGUAGUUGAUAUGGUCUAUUAUGAACCAUAUAUUGGUAUCCAAUGUAUUUACAACUACCAGACCCUCGUUCAAAAUGGUGCCUAUACUUAUAUUAAUGAGAUAGAAUAA